AUGGACAGCAGCGUGGAGACCACGACAACCCUGCGUGGUCGUCACACCAAAGUCCCGGCGAAAUACCAACACAACGGGUCUCUCGGGGCUGCUGUCGGCGGUGGCGGCUUGUUAGAACGGGUUGAGCGGAGCUGGCAGCAGCGCGGCGGUCGAGUCAGUGGCAAGGACCAUGCGUCUCAAAGCUCGCUGAAUCGCAACCGCAACAAGAGCUACAACAAGUGGUCGGCUUACCUGCUCAGGGAAGCCUGCGCACUGCGGACCCUCACCGGCAACUCGAGAUCAAACGACACAGACAAGAUGGCAGCGGGGUUGACGCAGCUCGACAUCAUGAGCAGGAGCAGUCCGUAUCUCGCUGACUUGGAGGACAAGGCAACAGGUGGAACGCCACCAUCGAAGCCGCCAGCAUCUAGCGCGGAGGCGCAACGAGUUCCUCAAGACCUCAUCACAGCGGUACGCGCUGCAAUCCGGAGUGGGCUCAGCCCCGAGCCGAACAAGAUGUACGACUGUGAUGGCAAGUCGUACACGGUCGCCGCCAUCAUGGCGGCGAUCAAGGAGGAAGAUCGCGCCGAUGGGCGGGGCGAGGGCAUCGGACAGCGGAGGAAGAGCAAGCACUGCCUGAGCAAGAAGGAGCUGGACGCCAAGCAGAAGGGGACGACCCGGGACAUCCAUCUCGAGAUUUGGGAGGCGUUCAAGGACGAAAAGUUCAACGUGAGCGUCCAACCCUACCGUGGAACGCCACCAUCGAAGCCGCCAGCAUCUAGCGCGGAGGCGCAACGAGUUCCUCAAGACCUCAUCACAGCGGUACGCGCUGCAAUCCGGAGUGGGCUCAGCCCCGAGCCGAACAAGAUGUACGACUGUGAUGGCAAGUCGUACACGGUCGCCGCCAUCAUGGCGGCGAUCAAGGAGGAAGAUCGCGCCGAUGGGCGGGGCGAGGGCAUCGGACAGCGGAGGAAGAGCAAGCACUGCCUGAGCAAGAAGGAGCUGGACGCCAAGCAGAAGGGGACGACCCGGGACAUCCAUCUCGAGAUUUGGGAGGCGUUCAAGGACGAAAAGUACGAGGUGAGGUGCUUUCUCAAAAAAAUUUGCAUGUUCCAGUUUGAUCUAGGUGCAGUGGCGGUGGUAUUCUCCGUUGUGGCCUGCACGAGGGGUACUUUUUUGUGA